ACAACAACGCCACGCACGGUGGGAGCGAGAGAAAUAAACGGACAACGAGAAAGAGGCACGAGAGAAGAGGAAGCAGGCAACUCCAGAGGACUGGUGGGACUUCUAUUGCACUUUUGUCAUUUGGGGAGUCACACAGCUCACACAAGCAGCUCAAUCGGACUUUUUGUUGAACACCUGUGCGCUUGGUUGUGGAGGUGACAGGCUGGAUGCCAUGGACCCGCUGCCGCCAGCAGACACGGAGCUGAUGGAGCGAGAUGCGGAUAAAGAUGCGAGGAGGAAGAUCCAGUUCUCCGUGCCUUCCUCCGUGCCCACCCAGCUGGAUCCGCGACAGGUGGAGAUGAUUCGACGUCGGAGGCCAACACCAGCGACACUCUUCAGAUUGACAGAUCCGCCAUCACCAGAUGAAGAAAUUGAUCCUCACCAGUGGGUUCUGGGAGAAAAUGGAGCCUUGAAAGCCAAACUGGUUCACACGUCAUCCUACCAGCCACCCUCACUUAAAGCUGUCCAGAGGAUGGCCUUGGCUCACCUUGCCUCCAUAGACAUGUCUUCUGUGGAGAAAGACGAGUCCUCUUCUGGGGAGGAAGAGGAGGACCGCAAGAAGGAGAGCCAGCAGACACCUUCAGCUACAGAUCUAAGGGAAGAAAGCCAACCACUCAGGCAUCAGAGCGCUCCACAAGGCGAAGAGGAGGCCAAAGGAAGAGGCGAAGGAAAAGGAGAAUGAGAAACGAAUAGAGCUCCGAUGGAGACAGAGUGUUUGUGUGGAGCAGACUUGCGGAGCACACGAGUGGGCCGUGUGCGCGUGCAUGGGUGUGUGUUAUUUGAGUCUGAGUGUGCAUGAAUGCGACAAAAGAGUUGUACGUGGAAAAGAGGGAGGGAGGGAGGGAGAGAGAGAGGAAAGCAGUUGGACAUUGAGGAAGGUCAGAAUAUUAAUGAGCAGGUAUGAGGAAAAGUUAAACCUGAGACAUGAAGGAAAUCAGGCCAUCAGAGGAAGCAAGGGCUAAAUUACAAUUAGCCAAGGACACUGCACAAGAAAUAUGAGGAGUGCAAAAAAAAAGUGAGGCAUUUUCUCAAGCAAAUAAAUGUGGGUUUCUUUUAUUUAUUUAUUUUAUUCAAAAGGAUUCAACAGAAGUCUUGAGACUGUGGGUAGUUUUUCCAUAAAACUAUAUCCAUGUGUGAAGAAUCCAACUUUUAAUCGCCUUCAGUCACAUCACGUACAGGGCAUGUCAAACAGUGAAACUGGUGCUAAAACACAAAUCUUAAACAAUUAGAAGAAGCAGAUGAUGUGCACAGCUCAAGAUAAGAUACACUGACAUACACAACAUCUUAUGCAUAUUUUAAAACAUGUAAGAUUCUGUUUUAUCUGUAGUCUGUAACGGUAAAAAUGUUUUAAGGUCCUGAUGAGGUUGUUGUUUUAUAGUAUGUCUCACACAGUUCAUCCAGAGAUUGUGCACAGGUCUUCAGGCUAUUGCAGUAUAUGAUACACAUAAAUAAUACACUAUAUUACAUGAUAUGCUACAGCGUGAUAAGUAUACAGUACACUGGAGUAUCGCAGAGGAAUUGUAUGGCUGCUUCCAAAAGUACAAAAACAACUCAUUCAGUUCGCUUUCCUCAACCUUGUAGACAUUUGCGUGCAAGGUCAAGGAGGAUGGAUUACAGACGAUUUGAGUCACAGCAGACCAGAUUAAAUCAUAUCAGACUAAUCUAACUAAUCAUUAUAAUGCAGUACAGUUUUUCCGGUUUGAUAUUACGAAUAUGCUUUUUGUAACACAGCGAUUAGCAAGCAUGAUCUGUUUGGGAUGUCAGAGAUGAAACGACCUAUUUUUAAUAACAAUAUCCAUAUAUAUAUAUACAGUAUAUGAUGAGCGUAAAGGUUCAUUCUUGACCUUGUAUAUAUGUGUUUUUUCGUUGGUUGCUAAUCAAACAAUUACAAUGGGUUGUUGGUGUUUGUGGGAUUGUAUGUCUGUAAAAUUAAUCUGUAGGAAUGUACAAUGCUCCUGUUACAUUUCUUUUCUAAGGUUUUUUUUUGG